GACUAGGUUGGCUCGCUCCCGCUCGCCAAUUAUACUAAAAAUGGAGCUUGUACUUGGUGUAGUCCUGCUUCUAAGUGGUUACUCUGCAUGUUCUGUUGUUGCUCAAGAGGUGCUCCAUGCUCCUGGGAACCAAACCGUCUUUCCAAACCAGUCAGCAGUGUUCACGUGUGAGACAGAUGGUGGUUCCACUGGUUGGAGAGUUAAUGGAACUUUUGUGGAUGAGCUUCCACCUGCAGUAGAAAUGGAUUUGGAAAUCUUCGGUGCUAACACUGCAGAAGGGACUAGACUGGCGAGUCUGACUAUCCCAGCCAAAGCUGAGUACAAUGGAACUAGAGUUUCGUGUUUCACACAAAGACUUGGUGGUCUCUUCAUGGAGAGUGCUAAUGUCACAUUGAGAAUUCAAGGUACCCUGUCAGCAGUAGCUGGUCUGAGUGUCACCAGCAAUGCCAGCUCAGUGACCAUCUCGUGGAGUGCUCCAUUCUCUCUGGAUGUGACUGGUGUUGAUCCUGAUAUCUGGUACUCUGUCCUCAUCUACAAUGUGACAGAUGAGAACAACCCAACAGCCAUCCUCUGUACUGACUGUAUCAAUAUCACUGAGACACACUACACCUUCACUCCUGACUACCUCAGUCCUUGUCAUGUGUACAACUUCUCUGUCAUCCCUCUGAAUGGAGCUGGCCAGGGAGAGAGGAGUCCCAACAUUGCUAUUACCAUUGGAAAGCCUACUUUCAUCAGAAGUCAUAUCAAAGCCGUUUGUGAUGAUGUUGCAGUUACUUAUGAACACACUGAGAUGGUAGAUGAGUACAUUCUUCAUGGAGUGUCUGAUAUGGACCUAAAAAAUAUUUCUUUGUCCUCCAACCAACGAGUUUCAACAUACACACUCUCAGCAAACAAAAACUUUAACAUAUUCUUUGAACUCAUUACAGCUGGUGGAGCUGUGAAUGUAUCUCAUGAUACCUUCACAACCUAUGAUGUCCAGAGUCUGUCAGUGGAAGAGGAAGAAGGAGGAGGAGUGUCAGUGAGAGGGGAGUUCAUGAGUGGGUCACGAGCUGCAGGAUGUCUGGUGGUCCUCCAGGGACCUCCCUCCUCUCCUGACAUAUUCAGAGCUCUCCUGAGGACCCAGUCUCAGGACACUGUCUCCACCACUGUACCUGUCCCUCCCUCCACUUACACUGUGUAUGGAUAUGACCUUGAGGAGAAUGGACUACCCAACACCAUGCCUGCUGUGGUACUGGAGAGUCAACUAACUAUCAGCAAAGGUGCUUCAUUGGUUAAAAGAUCUCGACUAUUGAAGGAUGCCACCAUAACAUCUCAAUUAGGAUCAACUGUAGUGAUAGACUGUGAAUUCUCAGAGGUCUAUCCCGAGGCCUCGUGUGUCCUGGUCUACAGAGAGUAUGGCAGUCCUCUCCUGACAGUGGUGGAGUUGUCUCAACUCAUCAACUUCCCUGUCUCUAUCACUGUGGACAACAACCCUGAGAACUAUACUUUUGCACUGUUUGGGAAAGACAGCACAACAGGAAUAGAGAAAGAGCCUGUGAUUUGUAUGAAGUUUGAUAAGCAGGCUGCCCCAAUUCACACACCACUUGAUAUGACACUGGAUUCUGAAAAGAAACAAGAAACAGAAAGUGAGAGUGAUGGGGAAAACAUGAACUGCCAAACACAACAUGUUGCCAUAGCCGUUGGGGGAGCUGUAUUGAUAUGUGUUCUAUCAUGUGCCUCUGCUGUGCUAGUCUUCAUAACAGUCAGGCGGUACAGAAGAAAGAAGAUAAAAGAUAAAACUGCGGCCCCAAGUGUCCAGACCAGAAAUGCUGUGGUGUAUGAUGAGGUGGUUCUGCCCCCAACCUCCUCCUCCGUCAUUCCAACUGAACCUAACACAGCCUAUGUCACUACAACUGUGUCUCAGACUACUACCAUACCCACUGACCAGAAUGUAGCUUAUGGUGUGCAUUCAUAAAGACUGAAUUAUGCAUGAUUUUAAACUUCUCGUGAUCAU